AUGUAUUCUGUGGGAGUUUUUGUGUCGAGCGGAGAACGAAUAAGUCAGUUUUUGCACAGACAGGGACUACCAAAACGGCGAUCACGAAGCAAUGACAAAGGUGCUAUAAAAGGAUACAACCACUUCAAAGGAAUAGUCUUAAAAACCAUUAUUCGCCACCCGAAAAAGCCAAAUUCUGGCAACAGGAAAUGUGCAAUCGUUCGAUUAAGCACAGGCGCCGAGAUAUGCGCCUACAUCCCUGGUGUGCUUGUGAUAGGAGGCCGAAGAAGAGACCUUAUUGGUGUAAGAGCAAAUAUAGUGCGCGGUAAAUAUGAUUGUGCCCCUACUAAAAAAGCGAAAGCUUAA